CCAUCGCUAGCGGAACAACUGAAGAAAGAGGAGCGCGUGCUGUGCUGGGUAAGGACCUAUCCGGAUAAUCACAGGCUCAGGGCACUGCACGUCAAGCGCACCUGAGGCAAACGUUGUAAUAUUCUGCUGUUCACGAGCUCCCAAUGGGAUGAUGAGCUGCCGACAGUAAAAUUGAAUUUGACUGAGGGACGGAAGUGUCUCUGGAUGAAAACAAAGGAGGCAUUCAAGUAUGUCUGCAAUAAUUACUAUAACGAUUCCGAUUGGUUCUUCAAGGCGGUGACCGAAAACAUGCGAUAUAGGCUAUAUCGAUAUGAUUCAGAGACGUUUACUUUGGCUGCAA